AUGGGAGGGCUAGUGGUUAAGAAGGCCUACGUUCUUGGAAAGCACGACAAACAAUACUCAGGUCUCAUUGCUCAAGUGUAUGGAAAUUUGUUCCUAGCAACGCCUCAUCGCGGCGCCCAAUAUGCCAAGGUGUUGAAUAAUAUCUUGUCCACAUGUCCCCUUGUAACGGCACCCAAAGCCUAUGUUGCCGAACUCGAUACUCAGUCAAGUUCACUACAAGAUAUAAAUGAGCAGUUUCGCAUUUAUUGGGAGGAACUGCAACUCGGCAUCACGAAAGUUAUUAUCGUCGAAAAAGAGUCUGGAAUACUCGGGUAUCCCCAAGAAACGUCGAUGCCUUUAAAUGCAGAUCACCACAGCAUUUGCAAGUUUGAGAGCCCGGUGGAUGCAAACUACGUUACCGUGAGAACAUACUGA